CUACGACGUAGUACCGUUCAAUUGAGGACUGUGCGUUAGCCUAGACGACAACUAUCAUCUAUCAUCUCUAAGGUUCAACAACUGCUCUUCUUCCCUUCCAUUCUUUGCAAUUCAACCUCUGUUGUCCAAUCACCAGUACAGCACUAUGAUUAGCAUUCUGGCACAAGAGCGUCUGCUCGGUGCUGCUAUGGGGAGUGCUUUCGUUGGUUUUGUUGUUUUUGAGCAAAGGAAACGCAUCUACGAGUCUAUUUCUGCUGACUGUAAUCAAUUCGAUGCCCAAUCUCAGUUGAGAAAGGCCAUAUUUGGAAAGCAAUUUUGCUCGCAGUUUGAACUUAUGUGGAACAAAGCUGUGGAUGAAACAUUUGGACCUGUGGUUGCUUCUCUUAAUUCACGUAGGCAGUAAAGAUUUUGCUGUAGUUUUAAAGAUAAAUGUAUGGGUAUCUCUAUCAAUUUUUGGUGAGAUUUGUACAUGCAAUAGCAUGUCUAUAGCUGUAUGUCUUAACACUGUCUAAAUCAUUUUUAUGGGACAGGUGUCCUGGAACAGUCCCUUGAUUCAGUAACAUUUAACCUUAUAUUAUGAAGUUUGAAUUAUGCCAAAUAAGAUACGUGAAGUCAUAAUUUCUUUGUCUA